AAGAAAAUGAAAAGCAAGAGGUACUUUGAUGAAGCAGGUCAUGAAGGCAAAGUUGAAGAAUACACAGUUGAUGUAGACACCUUUCUCAAGGAACAGAGAAAAGAAAGAAAGAAGAAAAUAAAGGAAUUGAAGACAGCUCGACAAGAAGAAACAAAAUCUCGCAAAAACAGACAUAUAUUAAAAAAGAAAAAUAAACAAGAAACAGAUGUUAGACAAAAGGUGGACCCAUACCCAGGUGAUGCUCCAAUAUCUAAAAAGAAACUACAGAAAUAUGGAAGAGGAGAAAAGCUAGACACUAGGGGUAUGAAGACAAAAUAUCAUCAGGAUACAUUUUCCAGAAAAGAACAAAGAGUGAAGGAGGCUGUAAGACAAGCAGCACGCUCUGAGUUCCUUCUCAGUGAAGAACAAGGGUAUCUAGAAGCUGAUGAAGAUGAGGAGACCUCCCAGAUCACACAGCAUGAUAUAAGCAGUGCCGUGGAUAUCACCAGUGCUCAGAAGUAUUUUGAGUUGGAGCUGAACCAGUUUGGUCCAUACAGAAUGAAUUACACCAGAAAUGGCAGGUUUCUGCUGAUAGCUGGCAGGAAGGGUCACGUAGCUGCCAUGGACUGGCAGACAAAGAAACUUAUGUGUGAGAUGAAUGUCAUGGAGACAGCCCAAGAUGUCAAGUGGUUGCACAUUGAGACCAUGUUUGCAGUAGCUCAGAAACAGUGGACGUAUAUCUAUGAUAACCAGGGGAUAGAGCUGCACUGUUUGAAGGCUCUGGACUGUGUACUUAGGAUGGAGUUUCUUCCUUACCAUUUCCUUCUGGCGUCAGCUAAUGCCAAGGGCUAUCUUUCCUACCUGGAUGUGUCUAUCGGCCAGAAAGUAGCUGGAUUCCAAACCCACCUUGGGCGCCUUGACGUCAUGUGCCAGAAUCCCCACAAUGCAAUCAUACAUCUGGGCCAUGCUGGAGGCACAGUUUCGCUGUGGUCCCCCAAUGUGAAGGAACCUCUAGUGAAGAUGUUAUGUCAUGGCGGGGGAGUGAGAUCUGUGGCUGUCAAUAACAAAGGAGUGUACAUGGCCACAUCUGGCGUGGACAGAUAUCUGAAGAUCUGGGACAUGAGAAUGUUCAAACCUUUCCAAAACUACAGGAUAUCUGCUGGGGCCGGCCAUCUUGCCUUCAGUCAGAAAGAUGUCCUCGCAGCUGGCAUAGGGAAUGUUGUGGAGGUGUACCAGGACUGUUGUAGACACACCAUGACAAAGCCAUACCUGUCUCACAGACUGAGGAGUCCUGUUGCCAACCUGCAGUUCUGUCCAUAUGAAGAUGUCCUUGGAGUGGGACAUGGGAACGGCUUCUCUAGUUUACUUGUGCCAGGUGCUGGAGAGGCCAAUUAUGAUGCUCUAGAGACCAACCCAUACCAAACAAAACAACAGAGAAGGCAGGCAGAAGUCAAAAUGUUGCUGGAAAAGAUACAACCAGAUAUGAUCAGUUUGGAUACGGGUGCUCUGGGGAAAAUUGACACUAAAACUCUCCAGGAAAAAAUUGAAGAGAGGAACAAACUUCUUUUCCUGAAGCCCCAGAAAAUAGACUUUGAACCAAAAUACAAAAUGAAAGGCAAAAGUAAAGGAAAGAAGCACAUACAGAGGAAGAAGGGUGUAAUGGAACAGGAGAAGAAAGAGACAAUCAGAGAAAUUGUACAGCUUCGGCAAGAAGAUAAGAGAGAAAAACUUAAAAAUGAUAAACGUUACUUUGGACCAAAAAGUGUUCUUGAUAGAUUUAAGAAAAAAAGUGAGGCAACGUGAUGGGUUAUGUACUAGAAAUUGAAAAAAUCAUCUUUUUAUUAAUAAUUCUCUUUUAUUUAUAACUGAACAUGUGAAUUAACUCAUAAAAAUAAACAAUACUUUUUGCCUAUUGUUGUAUAAAUGUGGUCUUUCUAUCUGUAAACUUCUGGUAACUUUGGCAUGAACUUUGUUACAUGUGAAUAUAAAAUGUGAUGCUGUCUUCAUUCUUUUAUAAACAACUUAUAAAUAACAUUCUGAUCAGCUCAUAAACCUGCAUGUUGGAGUUUAUCUGCUCUUUUUUUAAACAUCAAACACAUUCGUUUAUAUAAACUGCAUAGAGAGGGGAUUUAAUUACUGGAAUAGAACUAGAUAUAUGUUCAACAAACAGUAAAUGAUACUGAAGAUAUAAAAACCAAGGUGAUUCUGAACAGCUCCUAGC